CACUGAGAUAUCGCCUUUGAGCCCGUUUCUAGCGCCUAAACUCUGCUACGGAUGCUUCAGCUGCCAAAGAACGGUGGAGGCGUAUAAAUUCCCAGGCCUCGCCUAUCUAUAGACACAUACUUACGACUGUAGAUACUCUUUGGGCAUCGGGAUAUGAAGUUUACGAUAGAAUAUCGUAUCCGCUACCAACCUUUCUUGAAACGCUCACAGCAACAUACGCACAGCCCGGCUUUAACCAGAACGCGCGGGACAAUGGGCUACAAAUGUACAGCGGUGAGCGUGGUGCUCCAGAGAACAAGGGUGAACUACUAGAAGCCAUCCGUCGCGUUGUCCGCACAAACCCAGUCACAGGCUGGAAAAGCAUUUACGUCGUCGGACAACACGUUAGCCAUAUCAACGGGCUCAGCGAGGACGAGUCAAACAAUUUUCUAGAUUGGUUUCUCCAGCUUGUCAUAAUCAUGACCUGCAAGUUCGAAGCCGGUGGCCGAACGUCAACGACAUCGCGAUUUGGGAUAAUCGUUGCACCUACCACGCUGCUACUCCGGACUACCUGUACGGGGAUUUUGGUGCAAGACAAGGGGCCAGGGCUGUAAGCGUGGGCGGGCGGCCGUAUUUUGAUUCUGAAAGUAAGAGCCGCAGCGAUGAUCUUGAGUCAUCGAGGUCGAACACAGGGUAGAGAUAUAUUCAGCAGUACCUUCCUCACGUCUUUAGACAGCUCUCAUUCAGCACACACCUAAUAAACCCUCUUUACGAAG